UGUACUACGAGCGGUAGUGGACGAGAAAAUCCGGAACCCUCGUACAACCACAUGUUGGCUAUCAGAAUCAGAGCUCCAGCACCUCCUACAACAUCUUCAAGCACUGCCUCUACAACUAGCACAACUUCUACUAAUUUCUCGGGUGGAGUGCGAAAAGUCAUGUACAUACCCCCACCCACGGUCCUAGCAUUGGAGGAUCUUCACGGUCCGGGAGC